AUGUUCAUGGACCUUCGCAAUAAAGUUCAACAGUCGCUGGGUUUUCACAGAGAAGGCCAAGGAAUUCACUCGUUUGACGACCACAACCCUGCCAUGGCGACCCCGCUAUCCCUCAUCGACCAGUAUGAUACCACAUACACCGUGUGCCUGCACGCCACAAUCCCCUCAGUCGUGACCGCAGUGGUCCAUGGCGACAUCAACCGCACCUUCACAGCUACGCAGUGGUCACCCCUCCCCGAGCGCGUCCUCGGCAAGCACGCGGACGUGUUCGUCAACGUGCUCUUCAAUGUCGUCACCGCGUACACCAUUGGCAACAUCCGCAACAUGCAGGUCCGCUCAUAUGGCCUUGACGAGCAGUUUCUUCGCGACCAGAUCGAGACAUUGACCGCCGCUGACAACGCCGCGAUUCUUACCGCCUGCCAGGAUGUUGGCUGCUCCCUGGGACCAGAGGGCAUUUACCGCUCCGAGUUUGUCGUCCGCUCGCCCUUUGCUGAGGCAGACGGUACCGGCAAAAUCAUGUGCCCUCGUUGCUUCCAGCUGGCGGCUAUUGCCCUGGACGGGUUCCAGAUGGAUGCUUCCGAGCUCGAGCACCAUCUUGCCCCAGAACGCCAAGCCAGUCUGCUGAGGUGUAACGCUACCCUGGUCCAGGCCGCGUCCGCAUUCUACCUCUGCACCGGCCCCUUCUGCGACGGCAGACACGCAGCUGUCAAUGCAGUGGAUCUUGGCGAUGGUCGUCACCUCACCGUCUGCACAACCUGCCAGACCAACUACUACGACGCUCGCAAGUCGCAGAAGAAGGCAAUCGAGCAGCUUGCCAAAACCGAGGGUUUGCCGUCGGUCAAGGAUCUUCGUCCUGACCAGAGGAUCCUCAAGGGCCCCAACCGCCGUGCUCAGACAGCCUGCGCUGAUGCUGGCCUCAACAACCCAGGCUGCAUCGGUCUCACCAAACGGCAGGGCGGUCAGAGCAUCUGCCGCUUUUGCUUCUACGCUCAAGAGGGUGUGAUCAGGGAUGCCGUGGCUUUCAGCGCGACAUUCUGGAAGACCGUCAAGGUGUACUGGGAUGUCGAACACCUGGGAGAGCGUGGCGUUGCUGAGAUGCGUGCUACUGAGCAUGCCACUCAGCGGGAGGAGCAGGAAGCAAGGGUUCGCAUGGGCUUGGCCGACGCGCUCAACAACUUUCCUCUACCCCUCAAGGGCUCCGCCAUUGACUACAAGAUGAUCAACGCCGCCAUCCGCUCCCCCAUCCACAAGAACGUCCCAUGCUGCCUGGAUUUCGUCCUUGAGUCUGAUCAAGACGCUAUGGCCCUAUCCUUCUCCCUCUUGCUGCACCUCCCCACCGAGCCUCACCCCAUCGUCCUACACAAUGGUGUAUCGCGCAAGGUAUCGGUCGUCUCGCCUGAGGCGUUUAGGGAUAUCUUGGUCCGCUUCGACCCAGGUCUCAACCUGCGGUUUGGGGCAUUCAUCAACGCCCAGGUGCGCGACGCGGACGAUGUGGCUCGCAGGCUCCCGCCUCGCAAAGCUGGCGAGCCAGUCUCCAUUGACAAGCAGUACCCCAGGGUGUACACGCUCAUGGCCGAGGUCAAGUCGGGCGUCUUUGCGGGGAACAGUGAGCUCGCCGAGAAGUUGCUGCGCCACGUCUCUGAGCACGCCCCAUAUCCCAAGGGAACAGAGAAGGUUGCUGCUGCGAUUGGACGUGUGCAGGGGAAGAGGAUGCCUGUGCGUCGAACAAAGCCGUCCUUUUCCAUGGACGAUACCGACAGCGAUUGA